UAUUUUUAAUUUGCUAUCUUUUAAUUAAGUAUUUUUUUUAUUGUAGAUAAUUAAAAUAUAUUUAUUUUUAUUACUUUAUUUACAAUUUUUAAUUUUAUUUAAUAACUAUAUCUUGAUUAACUUUUGCAAUGACAGAAAAUAAAGCAACACAAUUAAAUCAAUUAAUUAAAAAGCGUGGUACUUUUAAAAGCAAACUUACAAAUUUUUGCAAUUACAUUAAUAUAUUAAAAAAUAGCUCAGCUGUUAGUAAUGCUGUCAUUCAGUUCGAGCUUCAAUCGCGCAUUGAUAAAAUGGAAUCCUUAUAUUCGGACUUUGAUACUCUUCAGGGUGAGAUCGAAGAAAUUGCUGACGAUCCUGACCAGAGGUAUCAGGAAAGGGACGCUUUCGAGAACCAGUAUUAUGCGGCUGUCGCGACGGCUAGGAGUCUGUGUAUACCGUCAUUUACAUCGACAAAUCACGAGGGCUGAUCUUCUAGAGACUUUAGAGGAGGCAAAAAACAAUAAAGGUAAUUCUGAAUCUACUCACGUUCAAAAAUCCAACAGCUUUAUAGUUUCUUCAAGUAAAAAUAAAACGCUUUCCUGUCCAUUAUGUCAACAUGAUCAUCAUUUAUUUAACUGUGAUACAUUUAGGAAACUGUCAGUAGAUGCACGCAUUGAAAAAGCUAAAAGUUUUAAAAUAUGCUUAAACUGCCUUCGACCUGGUCAUCAUGAGACACGGUGUAAAUUGUCACAUUGCAAAUAUUGCAAAUCCAAGCACAAUACUCUUCUUCAUCUUGAUAUUCAUCACGAACCUGUCACGCAUGAUAGUGUUGUCCUAUCUGCUGAGCCAUCUCAGUCCUCAACUAAUACGGGUUAUAUUUUAUUAUCCACAGCCUUGGUCAAGGUGCUUGACGUCCACGGGAAACCACAUGCAGCUAGAGUCUUGUUAGACAAUGGAAGUACCGGAAACUUUGUCACAAAGGACUUUUGUGGCAAGCUCAAUCUUCGUACACAUGCUACGAAUUCAAGGGUAACAGAAAACCAAAUGGCAUCGGUCUUAUGGCGAGCUUAAGGAGGGCACCCUCGUCGUCAUCAAGGAGAAGACCUCACCUCCAUUAAUGUGGCUCAUGGGCCGCGUUAUCCGCAUAAUACCUGGAAGGGAUGGUAUCGCAAGGGUUGCCGACAUUCAGACCAAGAAGGGUGUCAUUCGGCGAGCAUACAACACCAUAUGCCCCUUGCCAGUGAAGAGUUUUGAACUUGACACUUCAACGCGGGGAGUAUAUGGUCAAGCCAUGUAAUGGUCUGCGGAGGAGGCCGCGGGGCGCGGGACGCGGAGCAGCGGCGAGCGGACUCGCGACUCGCGGACGGCAGACAGACACAGCAUAGUGGCAACCGCACACGCAUAUAUUCGCACAAUAAAUUGUCGGGCUAAACUUGUAUUUUACAACAACAUU